UUGUCCGUCAGGAACUCGUCUUGGUCGCACUCGCUGACUCCUGUCCCCCGGCAGGUCCUUGUCAUACUCGCUGAGCGGCUCCAGGGGCUCGAAGGAACCCGAAAUUUUACUGUACACGUUGUUCACGUCCGGUUAUUGCUUAGUCCACUUCACCGGAUCCCGUUUUUGCUUGUAACAUGGCUUUCCAAUACCCAGACGUAUACCGUGAUGAGUCCGUAGUGGAUGACUACCAUGGAGAGAAGAUAGCUGACCCCUAUUGCUGGCUGGAAGACCCUGACAGUGAGAAGACACAGGACUUUGUGAACUCUCAGAACCAGCUGACCGUGCCGUUCCUCGAAGGCUCCUCUGUCAGGGAACUGUUCAAGGAACGCAUGACUGAGCUGUAUGACUACCCCAAGUACAGCUGCCCUUUCAAGAGGGGGAGCCGGUAUUUCCAUUUCUACAACACGGGCCUGCAGAAUCAGAGUGUGAUGUAUGUGCAGCAGUCUCUGGAGGAAGAACCUGCAGUGUUCCUUGACCCAAACACCUUUUCAGAGGAUGGCACUGUAGCUCUGAGAGGUUAUGCAUUCUCUGAGGACGGUGAGUACUUUGCUUAUGGGAUCAGUGCCAGCGGUUCUGAUUGGGUGGAGAUCCGGUUCCUGCGUGUGGACGGAGCCGUGCUAUUGGAGGACCAUCUCAAACGGGUAAAGUUCAGCUGCAUGUCAUGGACCCAUGAUGGGAAAGGGCUCUUCUACAACUCCUACCCCACCCAGGAGGGCAAGAGUGACGGUACUGAGACGUCCACGAACCUGCAUCAGAAACUAUACUAUCAUGUUCUGGGAACCCCCCAGAGCCAGGAUGUCCUUUGUGCAGAGUUCCCAGAUCACCCCAAGUGGAUGAGUGGUGCUGAGGUGUCGGAUGAUGGGCGCUACGUGCUGUUGUCCAUCCACGAAGGCUGUGACCCCGUCAACAGGCUCUGGUACUGUGACCUCCAGGACGUUCCACAGGGCAUCACAGGUUUGUUGCCAUGGGUGAAGCUGAUUGACAACUUUGACGCGGAGUAUGAGUAUGUGACGAACGAAGGGACUGUCUUCACGUUCAAGACCAACUUGGACUCUCCUCGGUAUCGCCUCAUCAACGUGGACUUCAGCAACCCUGAUAUGGGCAACUGGAUGGAGCUGAUCCCCCAACACGAGAAGGAUGUCAUUGUGUUUGCCACCUGUGCUUAUUCCACCUGCCUGUUUGUCUGCUUCCUGCACGACGUGAAGAAUGUCCUGAAGAUGUAUCGCUUAGGCACGGGCCAGGAACUGCGUACUUUUCCCCUGGACGUGGGCUCUGUGGUCGGCUUCACAGGACGCAAACGCGACUCCGAGGUCUUCUAUUACUUCACCUCCUUCCUCUCUCCAGCCAUCAUCUACCACUGUGACCUCACUAAGGAGCCAUUGGAGCCACGCAUCUUCCGAGAGGUUACAGUCAAGGGGUUCAACCCUGCUGACUACCAGACGACGCAGGUGUUCUACCCAAGUACGGAUGGCACCGAGAUUCCUAUGUUCAUCGUCCACAAGAAGGGUAUCAAGCUGGAUGGAUCUCAUCCGGGAUUUCUCUAUGGAUACGGCGGAUUCAACAUCUCCAUAACACCUAGCUAUUGUGUUUCACAGCUCAUCUUCAUCAGGCAUCUCGGUGGAUUUCUAGCUGUGGCUAAUAUCCGAGGAGGUGGCGAGUACGGGGAAACUUGGCAUAAAGGCGGAAUGCUGGCCAACAAGCAAAACUGCUUCACGGAUUUCCAGUGCGCAGCCGAAUUCCUCAUCAAGGAAGGUUACACGUCACCCUCCAAGCUCACCAUCAACGGGGCAUCCAACGGUGGCCUUCUUGUGGCGGCUUGUGUUAACCAACGACCGGAGCUGUUUGGCUGCGCUGUAGCCCAGGUGGGGGUCAUGGAUAUGCUGAAGUUCCACAAGUUCACAAUCGGGCACGCCUGGACCAGCGACUUUGGCUGCGCUGAGGUCAAAGAGCAAUACGAAUGGCUAAAGAAGUACUCCCCACUCCACAAUAUCUGCACCCCUGAAACGGACGACGUUCAGUACCCAGCAAUGCUCCUGCUGACCGCCGACCAUGACGACCGGGUGGUUCCUCUACACUCUCUGAAGUACAUCGCGGCCCUGCAGCAUGCCGUCGGCCACUCAUCCAAGCAGACCAACCCCCUGUUCAUUUACGUGGACACCAAGUCUGGCCAUGGGGCGGGGAAGCCCACCAGCAAGGUCAUACAGGAAGUAGCAGACAUGUAUGCCUUCAUAGCGCGCUGCCUGGGCCUCUCCUGGAUCAAAUAGUGUUCUGGCCGUAUUUCUCUUCUCACCCCACAACCCUCCUCCUCUGGCUCUCAUCUUUUUCCUGACUUUCUUCCUGCCCACCUCUCCCUCCCUCAAGAUACAGAAAUAAAAACGUUACCACACUCUACAUUAUGCUACCUGUUCAGCAGUAGGAUUCAGAGGUAAUUCAGUGUAUUUCCGCUGCUUUGGCCUAGUGGGCUGUUCCAGCAAUGGCCCAUUCGGGUCUUUUGUACUUACACAUAACCCUCAUUUUUUUAUUUUUCUUUGCUGACUCUUGGACAUUGCCCCCCACUCGUGCUCUUCCUUGAUUUAUUUCAUAUGAUGAGACUGAAAGGAAUUUUUUUAAUCCAUCCUAGGGCAGCCCAGGCCCGUGAUCCAGUGAAAACAUCCAGAAUUAUUAGCUAGUAAUGACUAAUUAGUUAAUUAUUGGCUAGUAAGGACUAUUGUAAUUCGUUUAAUCUGUCCAGUAGCCUGAACCAGUUACAUGAUGCCACUGUGCUUUGGCAAUUUUAGGACUUUCCUGAUGGCCAGGCUUUUCGCAGCAUUGUGUGUUUUCCACUGCGUGUGUGACACUGCAGUAAAUCCAGUGUUGCAGAGAGAACCUGUAAAUUACCUCUCACUAGUAGUAUUUUUCUCACAAAGAGCAUCACUUGCAUGUUCCACAGUUUAAGUGUAGGGAGAUUCAGCUUUUAUGGAGAUCAGCGUUAGUGAUUAGGUGCAUGUCUGUGUGUGUGUGUGUGUGUGUGUGUGUGUGUGUGUGUGUGUGUGUGUGUGUGUGUGUUUGAGAUGUGGAUGGUCACGUGGAAGAAAUAACCUGUUAACAUUCAACCAUUUGCAACAGUACCUGGAUAAAAAUGAGGAGCCAUUACAUACCUCUGCCAUCAGUUAAUAUCUGGCUAUGUGUGAAUUUUUUUCCCUCAUUAAAUCAACAGGUUGGGUUUCAUAAAA